ACGUAUUAAUUACCUACAUUAUUAAUUAGGACUCUUCAGCCCCUAAACCCACAAGAAAUCUAUUCGGUGUAUGGCCGGUGGAUGGUCGGUAGUGGAUUGUGGAUACUUUUAUUUUAAUAUGUCAUUGUUGGCCUAUCCUCGUUCACUGUUCACAGUUCACUGUUCACAUAAACCUGGCCAUUGCGGUCGAAUAUUAAUCAUUCGACUCUUUUUCUUUGCUGUUUUCUUUGCUGAUCUUUCACUUACUCAGAUUUUUUAGGCCUCUUCAUCGCCGACCGCAAACGAAUCUUGAUUGUUUCGAGCAUUUAAGCUAACCACUGUGUUUUCCAUUGUAAGCUAUGUCUGCUGCCACGAUGCAGUCAGUCCCGGCUAUCCCCCCUCGUCCCGCAAGGGCUCAAGAGAAAGAGAAUGGCUCAACCGUACCUGCGAUCCCCCCGCGUCCUAGCCGCCGGUUUAAUCGUUCCGUAUCUCCUAACCCGGAUCGAUUUGCUCCCUCGCCUCUAAACGAAAUUCCAUUCCCACCGAAAGGUACCGGUGCUGCUCGACACAGUCAUACCCAUCUUGGUGAGGAACUGGAACGUCCUAUGAGCGUUGAGAUGCCCAAUGUAGGCGAAGAAGGUCGGGAGUAUGCCGCAGCUAUCGAAGGGCUUGGCUCUCUAGAGGCUAGCCGUCGUUCAUCUGCUUCUCCCGAACAAACCCGUACUGUUGGCGCCGACAUCAAAUUAUACGCACCAAAGCCAACAAUGCCCGCCCAGAGUGCUAAACAGCGAGUCGCUGCGGUAACUCGCACCGAUUCCGAUAAGGCUGCAGCUUUUGGUAUCGGACGUCCUUCCUACGAUGAGCAGGCUUAUUCGGGUCGCAGCCUGAAGAAGAAGGCAAGUACUACGAGUCAGCUUUCCCACCAGAGUGAACUCUUCACCGAGGAUGAGAAUGGCAUCCCUGAGAUUGGACAACGGGUACCCAUGUUAGCCAAUGCAGGCGAUGUUCAGGCACCCUCGCCUACUCCUGCCCCGAGAGCUGCGAGCACCGACGGGACAAGGCCUGCUACUCGGCACCAUACUCGGAAGACGAGUUCCCGUGGCUUUAACGAGCUCCCUUCUGAUGUCUAUGGCCUCCAUGGACACGGCGUUGCAUCAACCGACAAACUUGAAAAGGCCUAUUAUGAAAAACAUCCUGACGUCCUCCAUAAGGAGCGCUAUAAUCACCUUCAUGACCGUGUCCACGACUACUCAAUGAGUAGUGAGGAUCUCAACAAGAUCGUUCGGGAUACAGCCAGUCGCGGCGCUGGUUUUGGUACGUCAACAGAUUAUGUUGGGACUCCUAGCGAGCAAGUCGGUUAUCGAGCAGCGGAUGAAUACACCUCGCGAAUUUCGUCUCCCCAACCGCCAUCCACGGCUCCCAAGCACGACACGAACCUCGCAUCGGCCUUAAAGGAUGAGACUGCUGAUAAUGCUGGCAACAACAAUGUGAUUCACGUAGACGAGCCGGAUAGACGUAAGGGUUUUGUUAAAUUCGGCGAUGAGAAAUCUGCCGAGGGUGAAGAUGCCGAGGAAAUACGCACUCAUCCGAUUCUAGCACCUGACGAAGUAGCUAAAGAUCCCUCUCCUUAUCAACUACAGCCCGCCGUUGAGCCUCCGUCGGAACGACAUGGCAGUGCAUACGAAAUGGAGGGACCUAAGAGUCGCCCUACAAGCAGACCUACAAGUGUGUACAGCCCACCACCGCCGGAGAUUCAUUCGACCCCCUUAGAGGACGUUGAAGAGUAUGAGCCAUUGUUCCCGGAAGACGAGAAGAGCGGCAAGAAACCCAAGACUCAGGCCGAAAAGUUAAAGGAGCACCACCAAAGAUUCCCCAGCCGCGAUAUCUGGGAAGAUGCGCCUAACAGUGUGCAUUCUACCGCAGAAGUCUCAACGCCAGAGUUGUUAGAGGCUCGGAAACGGCGAGCGUCGGUCUUAGAUGUGCCCCUACGGGAUGGCGAAACCCCCGCUCAAGCUUUUGCACGGAGGCAAGAGGAGCUAGCCGAAAAAGAGGCCGUCACCCCUGACAGCUUUCUAUAUCGCCAACAGAAGCCCCCGUCGUGGGUUGGAAACCAGCCGCAUUUAAAUAAGGAGACCCACAGUCAGCCAAGCAUGCCUACUAAUAGGUUUCCCAGUAGGGAUGUCUGGGAAGAUACACCUGAUUCUCUACAAUAUACCGCAACUGUCUCUACCCCGGAGAACACAGAAGAGACACGGGAUGAUGAUGAUGUAGAAAAGCCGGCUGCCAACCAAACUCCUCAGAAGCCUACGUUACCCUCGCGUCCCAAGAGGCAAGAAUCGGGUGAUGAUUCUACUUCGAAACCUACGCUUCCUGAUCGCCCAAAACCUCAACUCCCCGUUCGCCCUUCGAAGCCCGCCGCCGAGUCUAAAGGGCCGGAGCCAACAGUGAAGCCGAAGCCUGCGGUGCCUGCAAGGCCAGCUGGUGGGAAGAUUGCUGCCCUACAGGCAGGAUUUAUGUCCGAUCUUAAUAAACGUUUGCAAUUAGGUCCUCAAGCCCCUAAGAAGGAAGAUUCUACCACGCAGGAAUUCACCGAGGAGAAGGAGAAGGCACCGUUAUCUGACGCGAGAAAGGGUCGCGCCAGAGGUCCCCAACGACGAGCUCCGACUAAAGCUGCCAGCCCAAGUGGCCAGGAAUCUGGUCCUCCGCCGGUGUCCAACGGUCAACCUACCCUGAGCUUCUCUAUCACUCGCACCUUAUGGAGCAUAGACGAGGAGGGUAUCGUGACAGUAGACGGCUUAGUGCCAGCAGCGUCAUCAGAAACAGAAACCAAGCCUGAUGAGGCUACAAGUGAAGAACCUAAGGAGGCUCGACGACAAGCACCGUCAGAGCAGGACAAGCAAGACGAACCGGAAGCUAAAACAGAAAACGAGCCUGUAGAUUUGAAGCCGAGCGAAACGGAGAGCGAAUCUAAGACAACAGAGACAACAGAAACAACAGAAGAGACCAAAACACUGGCUACCAAUACUGCUGGCGAGUCCAUAUUAGAAGAGACUAUCGCGAAGGAACCGUCGGGGGACCAAGUACAAAAGGUUGAAGAGGCUAAAGAUGAGGUGACAGAAUGAUAGUAUCGCUCAAACAUUACGGGUGAGACAGGAUGCGAGCCUGUCGUCUUUAAUUUUUUCCAAUUCAUUCCACAUUUCCUUUUCGGUCGAGGAGAGGUGGUGCGGAGUAGAAUUAGGAACGAGGGAUACUACAGCAACGUAAAAAAAAAGCAACAAAAAGAAGGAAAGGGGGGGCGAAAAUUCAGAAAAAUCGUAGAACUCGACACAUCUUUUAAAGAUGUGUUCUAAGUCAGGUUUUUGGUCCUUUUUUCCGGUCCGUUCCUUUUGCCGUCUUCGCCGCUUCGAAUCUUGUAGCUCUGGUUCGAUGUAGACUUAGUAUAUAAGAUACACAUACACAAGACUUGUCGUCGUAUGGUUGUUUCCGCAUAUAUAGUAGGUGUUUCUUGAACUGUUACUUGCUCGGUUCGAGGACACAGGCAUACGUAUUUCGAGUAGGUGGGAAAUAAAUGAGAUAAGUUCUCAAGGUUAGGUUUGUUGAGGUGGUGGUGUUGAUUAUGGUAAGAUAACUUGUGGGUGGACUGUUGUUUAACACUAUAUACCUAACCAAGUCAUAACAUAACGCUGGGGCCUGGAUGACGGUUUAGGUGAUACUACCAAGGAAAAGUCGAGAUGUCCUGUCCCCUGCCGUCGGUUCAAAUCGUUGCAGACUACUGCUAAGUAAGUAAAUCAAGGGCCCAUUACCCCCGAACAAGUUACGCAUUCGGAAAAACAGCAAUUAGGUAGACACAUGGACUAGGAGAAUACA